AUGGUCAUCAACAGAAAAUGGAAAUGUGGCAGGUACACCACUAUUCUCACAAACUCUCUGAUUGGGAAGAUUGGAGUGACCAUCUUUCUGAGAAGUUAUGGUACAAUUUUCCCCAUAAUAUUCCUUCUUAAAAGAGUAACAUUCUGCAGAACCAAUAUUCUUCCACAUACAGCUUGUGAACACACUGGCUUGUCCAAAUAUGCUUGUAAUGGCCUUCAAGUAAAUAUCUGGUAUGGAUUUUUUGUUUUAAUGUCAACUGUCACUUUAGAUGUUGUGCUAAUAUUUAUUUCUUAUAUGCUGAUUCUCCAUGCUAUCUUCCGCCUCCCUUCCCAAGAUGCUCGCCACAAAGCUCUGAAUACUUGUGGGUCCCAUGUCUGUGUCAUCAUACUCUUUUAUGGUCCUGGGAUCUUCUCAACCCUCACAAAUCAGUUUGGACACCAGAUUUCAGCGGAUAUCCAUGUCCUGCUUGCCAAUGUUUGCAUUCUGGCUCUACCAAUGUUGAAUCCCAUCAUCUAUGGCGUCAAGACCAAACAAAUCCGAGACCAAGUGACUCAUGUCUUGUUUCUGAAAGUAAUAUGA